CGUUGAAUAGUUAUUGUAAUUCUCUUCUUUUAUUGUGGGAUAGAUAGAGAUACUGCACACACCAAAAAAAAAAAAAAAAAAUCCCAACUUGAAAAAUCAGAAUUGAAAAAGAGAAAUCGAAACUAGAAGCAGAGGAUAUAAUCUGUUUUUCUUGUUGAGUUGUUUGGGGGUCGGAAAAGCCCUGGUUUGUGAUUCAUUUCGACUUUUCUGGGGUUCAAACCGUGGCCGGAGCAGUUUUCUUGGUGGAGAACUUGGACAGACAUCCCAAAUUCACAUUUUUGUUUGGAGGAAAACGGAAAGGAGAAGAAUUGAAAUUUGCUCAGGAAGGAAUUUGGGAAGAUGAGAGCGGGUUUGAGUACGAUCCAGCAGACUCUGACGCCAGAGGCGGCGAAAGUUUUGAACCAGUCGAUUGCGGAGGCAAGUCAGAGGAGCCAUGGGCAGACUACGCCGCUGCACGUGGCGGCUACGCUUCUUGCUUCCCCUUCUGGGUUCUUCCGUCAGGCUUGCAUCAAGUCCCACCCCAAUUCUUCGCAUCCCCUGCAGUGCCGUGCUCUGGAGCUCUGCUUUAGCGUGGCGCUAGAGCAGAUAUCCACCGCCCAGAACGCCAGUCCCGGGCUCGACCCACCAAUUUCUAAUGCACUCAUGGCCGCGCUCAAGCGGGCACAGGCGCACCAGCGACGGGGAUGCCCGGAGCAACAGCAGCAGCCGCUUUUGGCCGUCAAAGUUGAGCUCGAACAGCUAAUUAUAUCGAUUCUUGAUGACCCAAAUGUUAGUAAAGUGAUGCGCGAGGCGAGUUUCUCGAGUACUGCCGUGAAGACGACAAUAGAACAGUCUCUGAAUUCAUCAACCUCCACCUCGGCGAACUCGAGUCCUAUCGGGUUGGGGUUCAGGUCGGUGGCUGCCGCCGUGCCUUCUCCAAGUCGGAAUUCGUAUCUGAAUCCUAGGUUGCAUCAAGGGGUCGCGGUGCAAUCAGGGCAGCAGAGGAGCGAUGAGGUGAAGAGGGUAGUGGAUAUUUUGUUGAGGACUAGAAAGAGGAAUCCGGUAUUGGUGGGCGAGGCGGAGCCAGAGUUGGUGGUGAAGGAGAUACUGAGGAAGAUUGAAAACAAGGAGAUAGGAGAUGGGGUGCUGAGAAACGUUGAAGUUGUUCAUAUGGAGAAGGAUUUUGCAUUAGAGAAGUCGCAAAUGGUGUCCAAAAUCGAGGACUUGGGUGACCUGAUUGAGGCGCGGGUGAGGAAUUCGGAUUGCGGAGGGGUAAUUAUUGAUUUGGGGGACUUGAAAUGGCUGGUGGAGCAUGUGGGAUUCGGAGUUGCGUCGGGUGCAGGCGGAGGGGUGCAGCAGCUGGUGGUAUCAGAGGCAGCAAGGGCGGCCGUGGCAGAGAUGGGAAGACUGUUAGUGAGAUUCCGAGAGGGCAGCAGUGGUGCUAGUGGUGGUGGGAGGGUGUGGUUGAUCGGAACUGCUACUUGUGAGACUUUCAUGAGAUGUCAAGUUUAUCAUUCUUCAAUGGAGAAUGAUUGGGAUCUGCAGGCUGUGCCUAUUGCUGCCAGGGCACCUUUACCAGGAUUGUUUCCCAGGUUUGGUAGUAAUGGGAUACCGAUCAACUCGGUUGAGUCCUUAUCCCCUUUGAAGGGAUUUGCAACUGCGACAACUGCUCAACCAAGAUGUCUCUCUGAGAACGUGGAUCCUGCUAGGAAGAUAGGCUGUUGCCCUCAGUGCACACAAAAUUAUGAGAAAGAGCUAGCAACACUUGUAGCUCCAAAGGAGUUUGAGAAUUCCUCUCCAGAAGCAACUCAACCAACACUGCCACAGUGGUUGCAGAAUGCCAAGGCCCAGGGCAGUGAUGGAAGAACAUUAUCUCAGGGACAGACAAAGGAUCAAGAGAUGCUCUGGAAGCAGAAAACUCAAGAGUUACAGAAGAAAUGGAAUGAUACAUGCCUCUAUCGCCAUCCUAAUUUUCAUCGAUCCAAUCUAGGCUCUGAGAGAUUUGCUUCCCCUGCUCUUUCAAUGACGAGCCCAUACAAUUCAAACCUGAUUGGUCGUCAGCCAUUCCAACCCAAAUUCCAACUGAACACAGUGCAGUUGAACAGUAAUCUGGUAGCCAACCAACCAAUUGAAAGGGCAAGUACGCCUCCUGGAAGUCCUGUAAGAACAGACCUGGUUCUUGGCCGAUCAAAGGUCAGUGAGAUUACAUCUGACCUAACGCCUAAAGAGAGUGUGAGGGACUUCUUAGGCAGCAUAUCCUCUGAACCUCAGAAGAAGUUCAAUGAAUUGGCAAGCGAUAAGUUGUUAGAUCCGGACUCUUACAAGAAGCUACUUAAAGGUCUUCUGGAGAAGGUGUGGUGGCAGCGGGAUGCAGCAUCUGCUGUGGCUACAACUGUGACAAGGUGCAGGUUAGGCAAUGAAAAGAGACAGGGUGCUGGAUCAAAGGGCGAUGUUUGGUUAUUAUUUUUGGGCCCUGACAGAGUUGGCAAGAAAAAGAUGGCAUUGGCUCUAUCUGAGCAGGUAUGCAGGGCCAGUCCUUUUGCAAUAUGUCUUGGUUCAAGACGCAAUGAUAGGGAAUCUGAUAUGAGUGUCAGGGGUAAAACGGUGCUGGACAGAAUAGUGGAGGCAGUAAGGAGGAAUCCUUUCUCAGUAAUAAUGCUUGAAGAUAUUGAUGAAGCUGAUAUGCUAAUUCAAAGUGGCAUAAAACGAGCAAUAGAGACAGGGCGACUUGCUGAUUCCCAUCAUCGUGAGAUCAGUCUAGGAAAUGUUAUCUUCAUUCUCACUGCAAAUGGGCUGCCGGAUAAUCAGAAAUUCUUAUCAAAUGGUAUUUCUCUUGAUGAAGAGAAGCUUGCCAGUAUAGGAAGUUGCACUUGGCAGUUAAGGCUAUCCCUGUGUGAGAAAACUUCUAAGCGCCGAGCUGGGAGGCUACAUGAGGAAGAGAGGACAACAAAAACAAGAAAGAAAUCUAGUUCAGGACUCUCAUUUGAUUUGAAUGAGGCUGCUGAUAUUGAGGAAGAUAAAGCAGAUGGCUCUCACAAUUCCAGCGACCUCACAGUUGAUCAUGAAGAAGAACUCAGACUCACCAACAGGCUAAUGUCCAACUCAACAUCAUCAGUAUCCAGUGAGCUGCUCAAUUCUCUAGACGAUACCAUUGUCUUUAAGCCUGUUGAUGUUGGUCCCAUUAGACGGGACAUAGCUACCUCCAUAACCAAAAAAUUUUCCAGCAUUGUCGGAGACAGGGUAUCAAUUGAAAUCCCAGAUGAAGCUCUAGUAAAAAUCACAUGUGGGGUAUGGAUAGGGCAGACGGGAUUGGAAGAAUGGACAGAGAAAGUACUAGUUCCAAGCUUGCACCAGCUCAAAUCACGGGUACCUGAAACACCAGAUCAAUCACUGGUUGUUAGGCUCGAACUUGAUAGCGAAUCUGAUAAUCCAAGUGAUGACAAUUGGCUUCCCAGUAGUAUCAAGGUGGCCAUUGAGAAGCUCUAAAGGUCAGUGAAGGGAAAAGAGCGGGGUGAUACCUGGUGUUUCCUCUUGUUGGAUAGAGUUGUAAUUUGUAAAUAUGAUCAACUGUUUUUGGCGGGGAGGGAAUGACGGUUAAGUAGUAAAACGGGUAAAAACGGUUAGGGGAGGAGAGGGAUACUUUGAUAGGAUUUAAAGGUACGUUCCACCAUUUAGUAGCAGGGAAUGUCUCCCUCCCUCCUAUUGUUACUAAUAUUAUUCGAAUUCUUCAGACCUUUUCUUUUCCAUGUUUAAGAAGGAAAUUAUACUAAUAUUUUUGUCAUAGAUGUUUAUUUAGUAAUAAAAAGAUAAGAGGCAU